AUGCGUAGACCGGAGUCGGCGGGGGACCUACACAAGGGUGAACGAUUUGUUUAUAUGGAUUACUUCUCACUCAGUACCGUACGACAUCACACACCAGGGGAGGUGGUCUGGUCGUACAACAUCGGCUGCCAGUGGUCCCUGAAGCUUCGGGAACGCGCAAAGAAGUAUCCAAAGAAGCUUUCGAAGGGUUUCCAUAAAUUGCUGAGUAUGAUCUUCCUCGUUCCAAAAUACCACCUUGCCGCCCAUGUCGCAAAAUGCCAGGCGGAGUUCUCGUUCAACUUCACGAAGGGCUGCGGGAGGACAGACGCGGAGUCGGUGGAGCGGGGAUGGCGAGGAAGCAACGAGCUUGCAGCAAGUACAAGUCAGAUGGGUCCUGGGGCGCGUCGCGACAAAAUCGAUGACCACUGGGGCGACGAUAAUUGGCUGAAGAUAGUGGCAAUGGCGGUAUACCUUCUAAAGCGGGCUGAGGAGGCCAUCAAGAAACGCCAGGAGCAGCUUGAUGCGUUCCUUGAGUUCUCUAAAGCGUUGCCUGAGGAGUCCGUGGCCGAGUGGACCCAGGAGGUCCUGGAUUGGGAGGAGGACCCCGAGUGCGACAACCCAUUCCUCACGAAAACCGAAAUUCUCACUGCCGACAAGGUGCGGGAAGCACUCGCAGAGGAAGACAAAGCGGCUGUGGCCAGCGGCGAGGUCGUCAUGGUUCACAAGAACGUCGGGCCAAGCGUGUUCAUUCGCAUGGGCCUGGAAUUGGAGUCUGCGCAAGCGAGGCUGGGAUUGGACACAAAGGAGUUGGGAGCUCAUUCGACGAGUCGUCAACGUGCUCUCAUCACUGAGCGUUCCACGGCGCUGCGGAGAAAGAUCGGGGCCUGGAGGAAGUUCCAGGCCUACUUCAUGCCUGCUGUCGCGGCAUACCAGAAGGAGAAGGAGAUUGAGGCAUCGGACGGCCCGGACGACACCUGUACUCUCCCCCUGUUCCUACCCUCCGCGGUUCCCGCUUCUGUUCCCUACGACAAACGUUUGGCCAGGUACGAGCAGCGGUACCGCACCGCCCAAGGAGAAACGGUGCUUCAGCAGAUUCGGACCCUCCUCAUUCUUCGAUCACAUAUGUGGCAACUGAAAAAAAAAUAUACCCAGGGGUACCGGCAAACAUCUCGCGCCAAUUCAAUGAUCGGGACCAUCGCCACUCGAAUCGAUAACCACAUCGCGCGCUACAAGCUCGUUCGCGCGUGUUUGUCCAACCUGAGCUCCGUAACGGGGGAGCGGGAUUGGGAAGGCACACUGCGCGUUUUGUCUGACGGCGACGUUCGAGGGUUAACGUUGGACGAUGACGAGGGGGGUGAGGGGAGCAAGAAGUUGACCUGGAUUUGGAGAGUCGGCUCUGUGGAGAGUGGGAGUCAGGCCGGGUCAUCAGAUCUCCGCUUGGAGUGGUGUAAAACCCGGGCUCGCGCACACCGGUGGCAGGAGGAAUGUCUGCUGUUGGCCGAGGAGAUUAGAAGAGUCGAGGCGACGUUUCGAUGGGAGGGGAAACGCUGGAGAGAGCGCGCAGUGUUCCAUCAGUCCCCCGCGUCACUGGUGGCCCCUCCUCGAACGGAGUUCAAUUCCCAUCCUGACUAA